GUUUUCGUUUUAUUUUAUUCGGGAAAUUCCGUUUAGUGACACGUGUUUUUAGAAAUUUAUUUUAUUUUACUUCAUUCAAGAAAUUAAGACAGGUGAUCAUUCUUCUAGAAAGUUGCAGUGACAUGGUGUGUUGGGAUUAACAAAAUAUACACAUUUAUUUACAAGAUCAAAUGAUGGUUUCUUAGCCUCCAACAAUGGCAGCACCUAGCAAAACAGAAAUCUGCAUAUGGCCCCCUCUGCACGUGCGUGCUGUGCACGUUCUUGGGGUGCUGCUCCUGCUCACCUUGACCCAGCCCAGCACCGCCGGGAACGUGCCCGAGAGAGACGUCAGCCUGUAUCAGACUGUUGAGUUCCCCAACCCCCAGCCCGGGUCCAACUUCACGCGAAUGGCGGUCGACCCCACCUCCUAUGAUGUGUACAUCGGCGCCUCGGAUUAUAUUUACUGCUUGAGCGGUAACCUGACGCGUAAGUUGGUGGUCAAGACUGGACCAUUGAAUGACGAUACCUGUCAACAAUCUGGAGCGUCCAACUGCGCGGGGGAGAAGGUCAGCAAUGUCAACACGGUUCUUCUUAUCGACGAGAGCGCCAACGAGCUCAUCGUCUGCGGCACGGGCCGGCACGGCUCCUGCGAGAAGCGCAACCUCAACAACAUCACCAUCCUCACCAACGCCAACGCCAGCGACAUCGUCAGCGCCAACCCUCGGUCUUCCGUCGUCGCCUUCCUAGCCCCGGGCCCCCCAGAAACCCGAACGGCGCCGCAGAAAACGGCGAUGUACGUUGCCGUCUCAUGGUCCGUGGAGUCGGACGGGGUCCCGGCGGUGGCGACCAGAAAGCUGACAGACUUUGGUCUGGUCUUUCAUUCGAAAACAGACUUCUACAACAGCGAGUUCCAUUUCGAAGAUAUGAGCAAACGGCAGUUCCCGGUGAACUACAUCUACGGCUUCAGCUCUGAGAAUUUUAGCUACAUCCUCAUGGUGCAGAAGAACGGCGUCGAGGCCAGUCGGGACCGACACUCGGUGGCUAUUCGACUGUGCCAUAGGGACCAAAAAUACUACUCGUACACUGAGGUGGCGUUCAAAUGCAUGCACGAGGGCACACACUACAAUCUCCUGCAGGCAGCUUACCGAGGAACUGCUGGUCGGAAACUGGCCCAGUCGUUAGGGGGUGACACGACCCAAGAGGUGUUGUACGGUAUCUUCGCCAACAAGACCACCAAUAAAGUAGCCUUGUGCGUGUAUAAGAUGCAGCAUAUCCGCGAGUUUUUCCAUAAGAAUAUCAAAAAGUGCUUUGAAGGGAAUGGUCAUUCUGGAGGCGCCCAUUUAGGCCCACAGUCGCAGUGUGAGAAAGCCACGUUUGAUAUUCCCAUUGACUUUUGCCCCGAGAAGUAUGAGGAUGAAAAAAUCAACCUCACGGCCGCAAGUAGCUUUUACGGCAUCAACCCGUUUAUUUCUGGUACCAUCCCAAUGACUAACGAAGCCACUAUGGUCAUCAGCGAUGUUAAUGAUCUUGUGACGUCACUUUUUGUUGACACCAUUGAUGAUUAUACCAUCGCGUAUGUGGGUGAUAGCCGUGGACUAGUUCUGAAGAUCUCUAUCGACAACAAGACCUACGGCCACGCCUACGAGAAGGUCAGGGUGGCCAGAAACCUGCCCAUCCUCAGGGACAUGUCCGUGGACGACCGCGACAAGGAGAAGCAUUUGUUUGUCAUGACCCCAUACAAGGUGUUGAAGAUGGCGUUGCACCAGUGUUCCCAGUACAAGACGUGCACCCAGUGUCUUGAGGCCAGGGACCCCUACUGCGGCUGGUGCUCCACUGAAAGCGAGUGUACAACAAAAUCCAACUGUACAAACCUGGAGAACUCAGGUAAAUGGGACUCGUAUGACACACUCAAGUGCCCCAAACUGCACAAGAUCUUACCCGACCAAAUACACCUGGAUAGAGAAAGACUUGUAUCGCUGGAGAUUCAUGACCCACCUAGUCACAGCAACCUCAAGUACACCUGUGUCUUCAGCUCUCUGACCGGCACCCCCACCGUCACGGUCCAGACCGACGCCUCCGCCUCAGGCAUCAACUUCCAGUGUUUGACCCCUGAUCCCAACAAGCUACCUAAGAUUCCUGAAGUUAAAGAAUCCAUGGCCAUGUCUCUUUCACUGAAGAUGAAUGGCCAGGACAUUGUCACUGCCAAUGUUACUUUCUUCAACUGUUCAACUCAUCAAUCCUGUAUAUCCUGCUCGUCCAGUAAGUUCAAAUGCUGGUGGUGUAUCAAGGACCAAGUGUGCACGGACAACCAUGAGCAGAACUGUCCAGGACAAGUGGACAUUAUUGGAUCUAAAGCGAACCUGGCCAACACUACGUCUCUCAGCUCGACUAAAAUCGGAGACAAGGAAUGCCCCAGGUUCCUGAACUACGGAGGCGGCGCCCACAUCCUAGUCCCAGCUGGCACAUACAAGCCUGUCACAGUCAGGGGCGAGUCACUACGACAGUUUCAGCUGGAUAACCUGCAGUGCCAUUUUUUGAAUGAUUAUGAGGGGAUUGAACACACAGUUCCUGCGACAUACGUGAAGAGCAGGGACGGUGACAAUGUUUACAACAUAACCUGUGACGCCCUACAGUUCAGCUACAUCAGGCCCAUGCAGGAGCAGAAGGUCAAGUUCAACAUCAUCUGGGGGGUCAAUGGGAGGAAGCUGGACAACCAGCAGAGCUUAGCAGUUCUGGUGUACAAAUGUAGCGUCAUGGCCAGCACUUGCGGAGAGUGUCUGACCAUUGACACCAAGUUUGGCUGUGGAUGGUGCAACAACAGCAACUGCGUGGCCCAGGAUUUCUGCAAGAACGUCAAGGAUUACAUCCAACACGGAACAGUGUGCACCGACCCCAAGAUAACAGCGUUUCAUCCCACUGCUGGACCAAUCAAUGGAGGAACUUUGAUAGAAAUAGAUGGCCAGAACCUCGGCAUCGGCAGUCAGGGGGUCAGGGUCAGGGUCGGCCCUGUGCCAUGUACAAUUGAGCAUUUCAAAGCGCCAAACAGCAUUCACUGUAGAACAGCAUCAUCCAAUGUUGUGAUGAAUGCGCCACUGGAAGUCUUUAUAGGCUCUGGCUCGGAGCUCUCUGCCAAGUCCGUUUCUACCUUUUCUUAUGUGGUUCCAGUCUUGUCUAAAAUUGUCCCCACGUUGGGUCCUGCUGCAGGUGGAACCACUCUGACCCUUGUGGGGGAACAUCUGGACUCUGGCUCAAAUGUCACUGUAGAGCUGGGCCAGAGUAUCUGCUCCAACCCUGUCAGUUUGAGUUCAACGGCCUUGACCUGCACGACACCAUCAGCUGUAUUGCCAGCCGGAGGAAACAAGUCUGUCCAGGUCCACCUGAUCAUUGACAACUUCAAUAAAAAAAGCGGAACCAAGUUUGAAUAUGUCCAGAACCCCAAUAUCACCUGGUUCUCAAGGACUGAAAUCAUACGGAGUGGAGGGUUACAGAUCAAUGUUUCGGGAGACAAUCUCAACAGUAUCCAGUCCCCAGCUGUCAUUCUGUGGUACAACAACACACCUUAUUAUGGGAAUUGCACCAACAUCUUGAAGACCAACCUGACUUGCAUCACCCCAACCAUCUCCGGCCUGAGCCAGACUACAGAGAACAGCGUGGAUGUGCACAUUGGCUUCAAGAUGGACAAUGUCAAGUACCUGGAGAGGCUGCCUGAUGUACUCAAGGUGUUCCCUGACCCAAAGAUUGAGACCUUUACAGAUGGUGAGAAGGUGCACAAGCCAAGUCUUGAGAUCUUCAUGAUAAUGGGUGAGAGUCUGUCAGCCCUGAAGCCUUAUGACAUUAUUGUGAGCAUUGGCAAGGAGAAUUGUACUGGCAUCGCCAUCAGCAACCAGAUGAUCACUUGUAAGCCCCCCCUCACUCAGCCAGCAUCCAGGAGUGGCAGCGAGUACCCUGAAGUCUCGGUCCAGAUAGGUGUAAAUUUAACCUAUGAUUUGGGUAUUCUGAAGUACGACAAGCAAGAAGGUCUCUCAGAGGAGGCAGUAAUUGCCAUAGGCUGUAGUGUGGGUGUGGUGAUCGUCUUGUUCCUGUUGAUCUGCAUCUACUGCCUGAUCAGGUUCAGACGUAAUGACGACAUGAUGAAAAAGAUGAGGAAAGAAAUGGACCAGUUAGAAUCCAGGGUAGCAAAUGAGUGCAAAGAAGCUUUUGCUGAGUUGCAAACAGACAUGACGGAGUUAACCAGCGAUCUGUCGGGUGGCAGCUCCAUUCCAUUCUGGGAUUAUCGCACGUACUGCAUGCGGGUUCUGUUCCCACCUGAUUGCAAUGAUCACCCAGUCAUCAAAGAACUUGAGCUUGACUUCAGGCACAGGGAGGACACAGAAAGGGGCUUGAAGGCUUUCUUCAACCUCAUAAGAAACAAAACUUUCCUGCUCAUAUUUGUACGCACCCUGGAGGGCAACCCAGACUUUACCAUGAAGGACAGAGUCAAUGUGGCAUCCCUCAUUUCUGUCUGUCUACAGACCCAGAUGGAGUACGCUACAGAAAUUCUAAAGACUUUGCUCGCAGAACUUAUAGAGAAAACUGUGGAAAAUCCUAAAGUUCAUCCCAAGCUUCUCUUACGAAGAAAUGAGUCUGUGGCUGAGAAAAUGUUAACCAACUGGUAUACAUUCCUAUUGUACAAAUUUCUCAAGGAGUGCGCAGGUGAGCCAUUGUUUAUGUUGUAUGGCGCCAUCAAGCAGCAGGUGUCUAAGGGACCAGUCGACGCCGUCACGAGUGAGGCUCGUUACUCUCUCAGCGAGGACAAGCUCAUUAGGCAACACAUUAAUUACAAGCCUAUGGUGCUCCAUGUGAUGGACUUGGACUCGGACAGAUGCUCCCAGCCGUCCCACCCUGUCAAGGUGCUGGACUGUGACACCAUCUCGCAGGUGAAGGAGAAGAUCCUCGACUCACUCUACAAGUCUGCACCUUUCAGCAUCCGCCCACUGAAGGAUGAGUUAGAUUUAGUAUUGUUUGAUCAUCCGUCAGAGUGGAUUGUGGAUAAGUCCCACAUCCAAAUGAAGAUGUUCCCCAAUAGGGAUACGAAGCACCUGGUGCUGAAUGAUGAGGACCACACGACCAAAACAGAGGGAGACUGCAAGCGCCUUAACACACUUAGCCACUAUAAGGUCCCAGAUGGGGCGUACGUUGCCUUACACCCAAAACAAACAUCCAUCUACAACAUGAGUAUUAUGUCAGAAAAAAGUAAAUAUAGUGAAAAUUCCUACUACAACAGGAGUCCUUCCUUAAACAGAAGUCUCAACCCACAAGUCACAGACUCUGACUGUAAAGUUUACCAUUUGGUCAGACACCAGGAUGUUGAAUCUAGCAACAAAGAAGGAGAAAGGGGAAGUAAGCUUGUAUCUGAGAUCUACUUACCUAGAUUGCUGGUCACAAAGGGGACGCUGCAAACUUUUGUGGAUGAUCUGUUUGAGAGGAUCUUCAGCACAGCCCACCGAGGCACGGCCCUUCCCCUAGCUAUCAAAUACAUGUUUGACUUUUUGGACGACCAGGCUCUGCACCAUAGCAUGAACGAUGAGGUUGUCCAUACUUGGAAAUCAAACAGUCUUCCUUUGAGGUUCUGGGUGAAUGUGAUAAAAAAUCCAAACUUUGCUUUCGACAUCUACAAGUCAAACAUUGUUGACGCAUGUCUGACUGUGAUAGGACAGACAUUCAUGGACUGCUGCUCCACUGUGGAGCACAAGUUGACCAAAGACUCACCCUCGGGGAAACUACUCUAUGCCAAAGAUAUUCCAAAGUACAAGACAUGGGUGUCUAGAUAUUACCAAGAUAUAAAGAUAAUGCCUGCAAUCAGUGAUCAGGAUAUGACAGCCAUGUUGGCUGAAGAAUCCAGGACCCACCAAAAUGUUUUUAAUACAAAUGCUGCCUUGCUGGAGCUGUACAAGUAUGUCAAAAAGUACUAUGAUGAUAUCAUGAAUGCCCUUGAAGAUGAUGAGUUUGCCAAGAAAAGCAAGCUGACCUGUAAACUAGAAGAAGCCUCUAACGCAAUGGACGGCAACAAUGUCUGACCAACAUAAGGAGACCACCGGACAGAAGCGCCUGCAAUGUAUUUUAUUCCUCCUCUCACACACAUUUUUUUAAAUCCACUUUUUCCAUUGAAUGACUGGGUGACACUCUGGGUCCCGGAAGGACAUUGUCCCGGCCAGGAAUGUGUCUUCGCGUUUUCAUCUGUAAUAGCGUGUUUGGGUUUUUAUUGUUCAUUCUUUUUAAUUUUGCUAGACUGUGAUGUGUGUUAUGAAAUGCAUGGGUUUGAAGACAUUUUUUUUUUGUAAUAUACAGAUUUGAAAUAAAAAGCCUUUCAUUUACUUUUGUAUAUGUUUAUAUAUAUGCCCACAUAUAUGUAAACAUAUAUUUUAUUACAUUCAUUGUAUAUAUGAUUUUAUAAAACUUAGCACUGUAUAUUCUUGAGGUUUUUCUUACUUGUACAAAAUAACAUUGGAUUGAUUUGCCCUAAUUUGUAUUUUUUUUUUUUUUGAAUGACUAUUUGAUAUGGGCACUUGACUGUGCUCAUUUACCAGUAUCAUGUUUGCAUCAAAGCAAGCCUUGAUUUGAACAUUCUCAUUCAGUUUCAGUGGUAACCAUGGUGACCACGAAGUGUGUCUUGCCUUUUGGGUUGCAUUUGUAUUUGAAUUGAUCACACAGCAGCCUUGGUGUGUUAAUGAAUGAUCGAUUGAUUGAGAGAAUGACUUGUGUGUUUGAUUGUAUCUUUCCAUCAUUGUCAGUUGUGUUUGAUUUCUUGUUAUAACCCGUGUUUUUCAAUGAACGGGUUUGUUUGGGUUGAGUUUAUGUUAACGUUAAAUCUAGACAAUCAUAUGUUAAUUCACACUUAAUGAAAUGUGGGUUGGCUAGAACUUUUAAAAGGUUAGACUUCUGUCAUCCUAAAUUUCUAUGUGAGGCUUUGCUUGUUUGUAGUCUCUGAACAAUCUUAAAUAUCCGAUCUUUAUUUCCAAAGUGUUACCUUUGUUGUCUAGAAUUUUAUUUACAUAAAAGACAAUGGGCUUAAAAAAAAAAAAAUAAUUUUCUUUAUUAAGCCAUUUUGGAUUGUUCUGUUUCAAAACUACAUUUUCUAUCCAUUUUUCAAAAAGGAAAAUCAAAAACUGAAGAAAAGAAACAAAAAUAAAGAAUAGAAAGUAUAUAGCCUGCAUAUUACAUGCCGACUUUUAAGUACAUUCAUUACUAUACAGAAAAUAGGAC